AUGGGUAUUACAGGACUUUAUAGCGAGCUCGGGCCUGGAGAACGCAUUUCAUUAGCAAAAGUCGCUUCAGACCACUUCGAAGCUACGGGUAGACGUUUACGACUUGCGGUUGAUGCGUCAAUCUGGUCCUUUCAAGUUCAGUCUGGAAAAGGAGAAGCAGAAGCAGAAUGUGCGCUCCUACAACGACAUGGCGUUGUUGAUGCCGUUAUGAGCGAAGAUGUGGACACUUUGAUGUUUGGUUGUGGAAUUACCUUCCGAAACUGGUCAAGCGAGGGAAAGGCGGGUAAGUCGACGCCCACACAUAUCACGGUGUAUAAUAGUGAAACUGUCCAGUUGGAGAGCGGUCUCACGCCGAAAGGAAUGAUACUGGUCGCACUGAUGAGCGGUGGGGAUUAUAUACCUGAAGGCGUACCAAAAUGUGGAAUCAGGACCGCAGUGGAGGCCGCGAAGGCAGGGUUCGGGGAGGAGCUUUGCAACCUCGAAGAAGAUGACGAAGAUGGCUUCAGAGAAUGGAGAGAGCGGCUAUCAUUCGAACUCGAGACGAAUAAAAGUGGAUUGUUCCGGAGGAAGAAUAAAGUGAUCAAAAUUCCGGAAGAUUUUCCGGAUAGGAUGGUGUUAGGUUAUUACACGAAUCCUGCGGUUUCAAGCGAGGAAGCUGUGGAAAAGUUAAGAAGAAAAAUCGUAUGGGACGGGAAUGUGGAUUUGUUUCGACUGCGGGAGUCAGUCAGAUAUGCAUUUGAGUGGAAAGGAAAAGGCGGCGCUGCUGCGUUUGUCAGGACGCUUGCGCCAGCAAUACUGUCAAGGAGACUUGCUGAUGGGGAGGGCGGAGCCGAGCUCAACACUAUUGUAAAAGGCUUUCAUGGGGGCGGGAGCAUUCCUCAACUGGUGGGCUGA